AUGGAGGAAGAGCUCACACAGCUACGAGACUUGGUAGCUCAGCUGCAAGCAGAAAAUUGGCGGAUGUGGCCAGAGCGAGGAUCGGAGCAACCUGGCACCAGUGCUGCUGCUACAGGUUCAUCCACCAAUGGGCAUUCUGCUGUCUCAGCUCCCGCGACUGAGAGACUGAUUUAUAUUCCUCGGGAGAGGAAGUGCCCAUGGUUCAACGGUAAGACUGGUAUAGGUAUUGCCGAAUGGGUGGAAGAGGUGCAGGCCUGUUUGAGGGUACGACAUCUUUCACCAGCCGACAAAGCCCUUUUCAUCUAUGAUCAUCUAGAAGGCGAGCCCAGAGAAGAAAUUAAAUAUCGGCUUCCAGAGGAGAAAGACGAUCCCGAAAAGAUUUUGACUAUUUUACAGGAACUAGAACUAAAACAGUAUGUCCGCAGCCACCCUACUGCCACCUUGAUGGAUGUUCGUCAUGAGGCUAUAUUAUGGGAGCGUGGAGGAAAACUUCCACCCCCUGAACCACUGAGCCGAGAUUCAGGUGGGGGCAUCCUAGGCUCAGAGUCUGUACUACCUGACCCGUUGCCGCAGGUUGCUGGUAGGAAACCAGUAACUGGUAGGAAACCAGUAACCCCCGCUGUCAAAACCAUCACUUCGCCCCUCUCUGGGUACGCAUUGUCUGACCUUCGUAUGUUGCAGGAGACUGACCCCGUGAUCCGGGAGUUUCGGCCAUUUUGGAGGCGGAGGCGGGGCCCUGACGCUAAGGAGCGUGGUCGCACUUCAAGGCUGGCCCUCGGGUUGGUCAGGCAAUGGAGUAGGCUAGUGGGGCGGAAUGGGGUGUUAUAUCGGAAGGUCUGUCAUCCAAGGAGAGGAGAGACACUGCAGGUAUUGCUGCCCAAGUCCCUUCAGGGUCAAGUUUUGCAACAUGUGUGCCAGGAGCAUGGUCAUCAGGGUGUUCGGAGCACGGUAGAUGUGGUAUCUCAAUGGUGCUACUGGGUAGGGAUGUAUAGAGACAUCCAACGUUGGUGCCAGGAGUGUGAGCGAUGCCAUUUGGCUAAGGAUGCACCAACCCAUCGUAAUGUGUGUGGGGGCCAUUUGCCUGAACCCCAACCGAAGCAAAUCCCUGUAGCUGAUUGGCGUAAGACGCGCCACGACCAGCAAGCUAAGGAUGCUCCCCUGCGAGAAGGUCAGCUGGUUUAUCUGAAGAAAGCUGGGCUCAGAGGUCGUGAUAAAAUUAAGGGUGCUUCGAGUUCAGUGGUGUAUAAAGUGCUUAAGGCCCCUGACCAAAAUGGGUCCGUGUAUACUACUACCCCUGUAGAAGAACCGAUGCAAGAUGGCGAGUGGGUUUUAUUGGUCUCGGAACCUACUCCAGCCCCAAGCAGUUGCCAACAAAGACCAGAGACUCCUAGCCCUCGUAGGUCAGAUGAGCUAGAACCCUCAACGUCCUCCGCGGGGUCGGCCUGCCCUGACCAGCUGCCAGUUAUGGCUGGUGUUCAUAACGAUAUAGCCCCUUUACGCAGGACUAAUCGUGGUAAUGCUGGGACGCACCCAAAUCCGCACCAUUUGCCCCAGGCAGCAGGAAGUAGAGCAAUAGAGGCCGUGAACUCUCAGGCACCUGUGCCUACUACAGUUACCCUGUUUAGACCUUGGCAGUGAGUGUCAAUCGUCGGGACGACGAUUCAAAUCUCGGGGGUAGAUUGUAGUGAAGUAGAUUUUGGGUUAGGAUGUUACAUGAUGUCCCUAAACGCACCACUGACAUCCACACCUUUCAGCCGACAAUUACCUGGCUAUAAGAAACAGCUGCGCUUCACUACUGAGAGAAGGCAUUUGGCAGUCUUGGCAAUCUAAGGUGGCUGCAGCACUAGGCAGUUGAGCUCCACAUAUCUCUUAAGGAAAGCUACUCAGUUGCCCUUAGAGAGUGGUGUGCAUUAGACUGCUGCUGUCUUGUCAGAUGCCGUUUUGUUUGUUAUGCACUACUUUUAUAAUGUAUAGUGAUUUGGGAUGUGUUGGUUUUAUGUUGAUCUUUUAUUGAUUGUUUAACGUUUUAUCUUUUCUUUUAUUGUUUUAGUGGAGGUGCGGCCGCUUGUUCAGAGGCUAGGCACAUGAG